AUGCCCGCCUCGUCGUCACUAGAACGAGACGGCUGCGAUCCGCGCGCGUCGACGCCGUUGUCGCGCGCGCUGACUGUUCCACCGGACGCGCGCGCGUCGCCCGACUUGUCAACUGGUUUACCAGAUCCAGAGGAAGACGCUCGCGGCCCUUUUGCGCCCCGCGUCGCGUCCCGUGCGUCGCCCACUGCUGAGACAGCGCGCGAUGCCCUACUGGACGAGACGUACGCGAGUAUGAACGACCUCCGCCGCGCUCUGAAGGUGCUGUCGGUGCAGAAACGAGCGCCGUACUACAUGCACCACAGCAGUCCCCAGCGAAUGGAAGCGCGUUGCCCGUCGUGGCGGCACCGCCGGCGUCCCGUGGCGCGGCACGAGAGCUCGGCCGCAGCGGCAGUCCGUCCCGUCUGUGGCUUUGUCGUGUCGGCCAAUCGACACGCCAAUGGCCGCGUGUACGUGACGAGGGCAGUGAUUGCGCACUCGUCGGCCUGUCCUGUGCUCCACGGGCGCCGUGGCGCGAGCUCAGCUGCGCCGGGAGCAGCCGACACGGGACACGCAGCCGCUGUGACGGCGUCGGCGCUGUUGGCGACUGCACUGCCGUUCAUGGGCCAACUAGCGACGUGUCGAGGUGGACGCGAUGCUGUGAAGCCAAAGGACGUGAGCGACAUUAUGAAGGAAAAGUUUGGCGUCCAGCCGUCGUACAUGACUGCGUGGCGAGCACUGCGUGCGUUCAGAAAACAGCGGAAAGAUGAAGAUGCGUUGUCGUACGGGAAGCUACAGGGAUACCUCCACGCCUUUGCCGAGACAAAUGUGGGAAGUGUGGUGGCUUUUGAACACCAGAAGCAGGCGCAGCGUGCACCGCUAGCUGACGCCGCUGCAAAGCCUUUUGCACGUGCGUUCUUGUGUCCACAACCACUGCAAGAUGCAUUGAGAUACUGUCGGGGACCGAUGCUGCUGAGUGUUUUCUUGGUGACGUCGGCUUUUGGAGGGGUCGUGUUUACGGCGACAGUGCAGGAUGCCAUGGGGGACAACGUGCCCAUGGCGAUUGGUCUUGCCUUGAGCGAGACGGAGGAUGAGUGGCGAUUUUUUCUCGAGCAACUGCAGCGAGCUUUCCCUGAAUUGAAGCGUUACGUCACGUCAAUUGUGCACAAUCGUGGCGACCACGUAUCCCAAGCCAUACGUAGUGUCUUUCCCAGCUGCUCGCAAUCGGACAAAGUCGAAACGUUCAUACGCUCCGCCGUACCAGACGCUGACACUUCCUUGAUGUCGCUUUCAGGUUCUCCCAUCCCUUUAGAGCCAAGCACGUCUACGUUGCCCUUGGAUUCUUCCAUGAAGUGGAUCGAAGCGCUUUGUAGCAAAGUUCCACUGAUGAUUCUCGUCGGCUGGGUCUCUCAGGUAGCACGAAUGCUUUUUCAGCGUUACGAGCGCUAUGGGCACCUGGGAUCGGAGUACCCUGCCGACUUCCACUCGAUUGCGGCAGAAUACGAGAGCCGGUCGUUACAGUAUGAUGUGGUGCGCACCUCCGAGAAGGAAUUUGAGAUUAUCGACCGGCAGACCAGUGUCGGUCGGGUGGUCAACUUUGCGAAGCAGUCGUGCACGUGUGGCGAGUAUGAUGUUUCUCGCUUUCCCUGUUUGCACGUGUUUCUUGCCGUGACCCACGCUGGUGUGCGUCAGACGGACACGAUCCCACGGAUUUUUCUCAUGACGUCGCUGAAGGCGCUCUAUACUGGACGUAUAACGCCGAUAGAUAUCAGCAAUGUGCCCUCUGACGGAGUGACAACUCCGCAGCCGUUGCCCAAGAUGCGUGGCCGUCCGCGUAAGGUGCAUCAAAUCCAGCAAUCUGGCCAUCAAAAGGUGGAGAAACUCUCGUGCAGUGUUUGUGGUAUCAAAGGGCACAACAAGCGCACUUGCAAGCGUGUCACCAGCAUGCCUGCUCUAGCUUCUCAUGCUCCUGAUGUUUGUGAGGUGCACACGGACGACGUGACCAACGCUCAAGACGAGACCUUGUUUCUUGUGUCAUCAUAUGACGAUGCCGUUGCAUUUGACAGCACUGCGCUAGGGGAAGAUGGAUCGCAUGCCCAUGAUCGAGACGGUCGGACUCUCGCUUCACCUUCAGGCAAGCGCCGACGGUUGACUGUCCAUGUUGGAACAGAGGAAAAGAAGGUCGAUGAGAUUGAAGAAGAGGAGUCUUCGGUUGUUGCGUUGGUAUAG